AUGAAAGCGGAGAAGAAGAUGGAAGCAGAAGAUUGUAUUGAUCACCUCCCACCCUUCCCCUCGGCCGCCCCGAUCCCCUCGGGCUGCACCUCCAUCAGGCUGCCGUGCAGCGCCGGCCCGCGCCAUGCCGGGUGUAAUACCGCGCUGCCGGCGUCAGGGUCGUCGGGGUCGUCGGGGUACGGACGCCGGCCACCGGUCACCUCCCGCGUGGGCGAGUACGCGAUCCCGUGGAACGUGUACCCGGCCUCUGCGAGCGGCCGGGAAGAAGGUUCUCCUCGUUGGCCACUCUUCCGGCGGCUGGGUGGCCACGCAGGCAGCGCAAGGUCGAAGGGACUUGCUGGAGGGGUGAUUGGCAUCUUCUACGCCGGCGCCUUCGUCAUCCCCGUCGGCGAGUCAAUCCAUACCUUCUUCCAGCCCAAGGACGGCAGCUUUGUGACGCCGCCUUUCAUGACUUUCCACAAGCACGGAACCGCCGGAUUCGGUACUAUCGCCAAUGCCGAGCGCUUCCUGUUCAAUGACCUCGACGCGGACUCGGCGAAACACAACAAUGCCUACUCGGCGCUUCCCUGUGCCUACUUGGUCUUGGACGGAGAUUUGACUCUGCCCCUCGAGUACCAGGAGGGCACGGCCCGUUUCCUGUCCUCCCAGUCUGGCGACACGUCCAUCUACCACUGCCCCGCUGGCCACUCUCCCCAGCUGAGCUGGACUUCAUGA